CCCCCUAUAGCCGGCGGUGUCCCCCCCCGAGCGCCGCGUCCCCACGAGCGAUGGCGGCGAACCGCGUGGGGCGGCGGCAGGGGCGGGGGGGUUCCCCGGGCCGCUCCCCCGGCCGCUCCCCCGCUGUCCGGCGUCCCCAACCCCCCGCCCGCAGCCCCGGGCUCCAGCGGCGACCGGCGAGGGUCACCGUCAAGUACAACCGGCGGGAGCUGCAGCGGCGGCUGGACACCGAGCAGUGGAUCGACGGGCGGCUGGAGGAGCUCUACCGCGGGCGGGAGGGGGAGAUGCCGGACGAGGUGAACAUCGAUGACCUCCUGGAGCUGGAGACAGACGAGGAACGAGCCCAGAAGCUGCAGGGCAUCCUGAGAUCGUGCACUGCUGACACUGAGGACUUCAUACGGGAGCUCCUCACCCAACUCAAGGGGCUACCGAAGCAACAAGUCCUCCAGCGACCCAGCCCGGAGGACCCCAACCCACCCCCCCCGUGAUUCCCCCCACUCGUGACCGCGGGGUGUGGGGGAUGUGGGGUCACCCACUUCCAGCACCCAUAAGGGGUCGUCCCCCCCCCCCCCAGCACCCACUGUACAGUAUUUAAUCCCACCUACCAUGUAAAUCCUUUGAUGCCCCCCCUCCCCCAGAAUAAAACCUCGCUGCGUCACAUGGGUGGGGGUAGCACGUGGCAGGGACCCCCCCAAAAAUUUGGGCCCCCCC